AUGCAAACACAAGAGAAGAAACGAGUUGUUCGCAAAUGCGGACCCAAAGUGCCGGAAAAGCCCGAACGGGCCCUCUAUUGCUUAACACUUAAGAAUCCGAUCCGAAAAUUAUGCAUUGAUAUCGUCGAAUGGAAACCCUUUGAAUGGCUUAUAUUAGUGACCAUAUGUCUCAACUGUAUAGCACUCGGCGUUUAUACUCCUUAUCCAUAUUUAGACACAAACAACACAAACCUAAUUCUGGAAAAAGUGGAGUAUUUCUUUCUGGUGGUGUUCACAGUGGAGUGCUUUAUGAAGAUCAUAGCUUACGGUCUGUUCAUGCAUUCGGGCGCUUACUUGAGAAGUGCAUGGAAUCUGUUGGACUUCAUAAUAGUAGUGAUAGGUCUGGUCAGCACAUUCCUGGCCUCUCUCUUUACCGAAGGCAUUGAUGUCAAGGCUUUGCGAGCAUUUCGUGUGUUACGGCCUCUAAGACUAGUGUCGGGAGUGCCCAGCCUUCAGGUCGUACUGAAUUCCAUAAUCAAAGCAAUGGUGCCUUUACUGCACAUCGCAUUACUUGUCAUAUUUGUGAUCGUCAUCUAUGCCAUCAUCGGCUUAGAGUUGUUUGUCGGCAGAAUGCAUAUGACAUGCUUUCAUAACAUCACCGGUGAGAUAAGUCCAGAACCAACUCCAUGUGGUGGCGAAUAUACUUGUGAAUAUCCAUAUGAGUGCAGGGAGUACUGGGAGGGCCCCAACACAGGGAUUACCAACUUUGAUAAUUUCGGUUUAGCAAUGCUUACUGUAUUCCAAUGCGUGACAAACGAGGGCUGGACUAACGUGCUCUACAACAUCAAUGAUUCCGUGGGCAACCAGUGGCCGUGGAUUUACUUCAUUAGUCUCAUCAUAUUGGGCUCAUUCUUCGUCAUGAAUCUGGUUUUGGGAGUUCUUAGCGGAGAGUUCUCGAAGGAGAGAGAAAAGGCCAAAAAUCGCGGAGACUUUCAAAAGUUGAGGGAAAAGCAGCAGAUCGAGGAAGACCUGAGAGGAUACCUCGAUUGGAUCACUCAGGCAGAGGAUAUAGAACCCGAUGACAAAGAGGGAUCGCUUCAGAGAAUGGGUGCCGACAAUGAAGAGGAUAAGCUGGAGAGCGAACAAACGAACGGUGACUCCAAUAAAACGCCUUCUCUUUGGCAAAAUCAGAAGAAACGAUUCGGUCGAUUGAAUCGACGGUUACGAAGAGUGUGUCGCAAGAUAUGUAAAUCUCAGGCCCUUUACUGGACAGUCAUUAUAUUGGUUUUCCUCAACACUCUUACGCUGGCAUCAGAGCAUUACCAGCAAAAGGAAUGGUUGGAUGAGUUUCAGGAAAUAGCAAACAUGAUAUUUGUUAUACUAUUCCUAUUGGAAAUGCUGCUCAAGAUGUAUAGCCUCGGCUUUCAGGGAUAUUUUGUCUCUCUAUUCAACCGAUUUGAUUGUUUUGUUGUCAUCAGCUCUAUAUUAGAAGUCGUAUUGACCUCAACUGAUGUGAUGCCUCCCCUCGGAGUGUCUGUCUUAAGAUGUGUCCGACUCUUAAGAAUAUUCAAAGUAACCAAAUAUUGGACAUCACUGAGGAAUUUGGUCGCAUCGCUCAUCAAUUCAAUGCGAGCCAUCGCUUCCCUGUUGUUACUGUUGUUUCUUUUUAUCGUAAUCUUCUCACUGCUGGGAAUGCAGGUCUUCGGCGGAAAGUUCUCUUUCAAAAAGAAAGAGAAACCGCGACAUAAUUUUGACACUUUCUGGCAAUCAUUACUUACUGUAUUCCAGAUUCUGACCGGCGAGGACUGGAAUGAAGUCAUGUAUGAUGACAUUCUCCUAAAUGUCUUUCUGGCCAUUGCUGUCGACAACUUAGCAGAUGCUGAAAGUCUGACAGCCAUUGAGAAAGAGGAAGAGGAGGAGGAAGGAGACGACGGACAAAAUGGACAGCCGUUAGACAUGAAUGAUGGCGACCAGACUUUAGAGUUUAAAGAUAAUGAAGAUCCUAUGAAAAUCAAACUAAAUGUGAUUGAAAUAAACGAUGAUCUAAAUUAUGUGCCAAACAUAUCAAAAGACCAUCAGAGCAGUGAUCAAAAUGAUGAUGAGGACCAAUUGGAUGAUGAUGUCUAUGAGAAUGGCGACAAUGAUGAGCCCACUGAAUACACCGGUGCUCGACCUCGAAGAAUGUCUGAAUUAAACUUUCCCACAAAGACUGCAUCGAUUCCAAAGCACAGCUCAUUCUUUGUGUUUAGUCAUACAAAUAAGUUUCGAGUGAUGUGUUACCAAAUUCAAGAGCACAGCUAUUUUGGAAAUAUAGUUCUUUGUUGUAUUCUUAUCAGUAGUGGGAUGUUGGCCGCAGAGGACCCUCUCGACGCCAAAUCACAUCGAAAUAUAAUUCUGAAUUAUUUCGAUUGGUUUUUCACAUCAAUAUUUACAAUUGAGAUUUCAUUAAAACACGUGGUUAAGUCAGUACUCGUGGCCAUUAAGAUGAUCGGCCAGAUUCUCAUGGUUACAUACCUCCUACAGUUCAUGUUUGCAGUCGUUGCCGUCCAGCUUUUCAAGGGGACAUUUUAUUUCUGUAACGACAGAUCUAAAGCAACUGAAGAAGAGUGUCAGGGACAAUUCAUUGAUUAUGUGGACAAUAAGCCUGAGCGCAAAGCAAGAGAAUGGAAGAACUAUCCGUUCAAUUUCGAUGAUAUAGGAGAAGCCAUGUUAACGCUAUGCACUGUAUCCACGUUUGAAGGCUGGCCGGGUCUCCUUCACCACUCAAUUGAUUCUCACGCCGAAGAUUACGGUCCGAUCCAUAACUUCCGUCCGUUUGUGGCCAUCUUCUAUAUAAUCUACAUAAUAGUGAUCGCAUUCUUUAUGGUCAACAUAUUCGUGGGUUUUGUUAUCGUCACCUUUCAGAACGAAGGGGAACAGGAGUACAAGAACUGUGAACUCGACAAAAACCAGAGGAAUUGUAUUGAAUUCGCGCUCAAAGCCAGACCUGUCCGCAGAUAUAUACCUAAAGCACGUUUUCAAUACAAGGUUUGGUGGUUGGUCACCUCUCAAUACUUUGAGUACUUAAUAUUCGCAUUAAUUCUAACAAAUACCAUCACAUUAGCCAUGAGACCGACAUCAUCGUCCGAAAAAGUGAGCAGUGCUAGUGUGAGGCCUACUUCUGUCAUGAAUUUUCUUAGACUAUUCCGAGUCAUGCGUUUGGUUAAGCUCUUGAGUCGCGGCGAAGGCAUUAGGACCCUGUUGUGGACAUUUGUCAAAAGUUUUCAGGCGAGUCACCCUUUCUCUACAAUACUUAUACAGUACAUUAGGCCGACAUCAUCGUCCGAAAAAGUUAGCAGUGCUAGUGUGAGGCCUACUUCUGUCAUGAAUUUUCUUAGACUAUUCCGAGUCAUGCGUUUGGUUAAGCUCUUGAGUCGCGGCGAAGGCAUUAGGACCCUGUUGUGGACAUUUGUCAAAAGUUUUCAGGCGAGUCACUCUACGAUACUUAUACAUUACAUUAGGGCCCUGCCUUAUGUGGCACUCCUGAUACUGAUGUUAUUCUUCAUAUAUGCGGUCAUAGGAAUGCAAGUGUUCGGCAAAAUUGCAUUGAAUAACGAGUCAUCUAUACAUAGAAACAACAAUUUCCAGACCUUUUUUCAGGCAAUUCUAGUACUGUUCAGAUCUGCGACAGGGGAGGCCUGGCAGGACAUUAUGCUCGCCUGUACUAACAAUGAAGAGGUGUUUUGUGAUCCUAAAUCAGAUGAUGGUAUAAAAGAUCCCAAGUCUACCUGUGGUUCAAAUUUCGCGAUUCCAUACUUUAUAUCAUUUUAUAUUUUGUGCUCAUUUCUGAUCAUUAAUUUAUUCGUUGCUGUAAUUAUGGAUAACUUUGAUUACUUGACCCGAGACUGGUCUAUACUCGGACCCCACCAUUUGGAUGAAUUUGUGAGACUGUGGUCUGAAUAUGAUCCCGACGCUAAGGGCCGGAUCAAGCACUUGGAUGUCGUUACUCUUCUCAGGAAGAUAUCUCCGCCGUUAGGGUUUGGAAAACUAUGUCCACAGCGGGUCGCCUGCAAAAGACUGGUCUCAAUGAAUAUGCCAUUGAAUAGCGACGGAACAGUUAUGUUCAACGCAACCCUCUUUGCCAUCGUUAGAACAGCCCUUAAGAUCAAAACUGACGGCAAUAUAGACACUGCUAAUGAAGAGCUACGGGCUGUCAUCAGAAAGAUUUGGAAGCGAACCAAUCCUAAACUGCUGGACCAAGUGGUGCCCCCGGCCUCUGAUGACGAGGUGACUGUCGGCAAAUUCUACGCCACUUUCCUCAUUCAAGACUACUUCCGGCGCUUUAAGAAGAGAAAAGAGCAGCAGAAACAGAGUUAUGACGAGGAGAAUACGGUCGCUCUUCAGGCAGGACUUAGGAGUUUGCAUGAGUUCGGCCCUGAGAUCAGACGAGCCAUCUCUGGCAAUCUCGAUGAAGACAACUUUGACAACGGACCCGAUUGGGAACCAAUGCACCGCAGAAACCAUUCCUUGUUUGGUAAUGUCUGGUCUACAGUGAGGCGAAAGCGCAAUCAUUUGCCUCAAAGGACCCGAUCUUUCAACCAAACGAGUCGUUAUGGUAUCAGAGAUGCCAUCACUGCUAUAGUGGCUGCCCGUGAACUCAACACUAUCUCUCAAACAUCACAAACUUCUCUGUCGCACAUCAAUGACAGUCCAUUCUCUGCAACCAAAUGGCAAAACCAAUUAUCCAAUGGUGUCGACCAUACAUCUCGUGAAAGUUGUUCAGUAGACGACGAUGAAAGUCGUGCCCACCCGCCAACCCCUCCGCCCCGGAAAUUACUAAACACGGCUUCAUUCCGUAAAAAGAUUCCCUGUUUUCGCAAACAAGAUAGCAAUGAGUGGCCAUUUGUGGAGACAAAUAGGUGUAGAGCUGGUAGUGUUGGCAGCGCUCACUAUGCUUUCCCUAGUAUUGAAGUAGAGACGAGUGACUGGACUGACACGAGUCCCAAAACACAGAGAAAACGAGCCCUAAGCCAUACAAUUGCUGCUUCUCUUAGAUUAGCUCCCGUGCCAGCUAUGGCUGUCGCCGGAUUCAUAGCCGAACCAACACUACUCGGCACUCACCGAAUGCCGCACCGACAGAGUCCUUUGCGGGCCUCAUAUCACGGCAAGAGUAGUGUAGACCCCAAGCCAUGGGCCGAUACUUUGCACACAACCACUGCCUUCAGUGAUGUGGUCGGAAGUGCCGAAAGUCUUGUCGGACGCGUUCUCUAUGAACAAGGAUUAGGCAAAUAUUGUGAUCCAGACUUCGUCAGAGCCACACAGAUAGAGCUCAGGGAAGCUUUCAAUAUGACACAGGAAGAGAUGGACAGAGCGGCCCAUCGUAUCCUUACGGCUGAGAAUAGUACAAAGGCUGACAGUCUGUCACUCCAUCCAAACCAAGGCAACACUCAAUGCAAUCUCUCGUCCGAUGAAGAAGACGAUGGCUUUAAAGACACUAAAUUAUAGUAUAAUUUUGUAAACUUUAAAUUAGUGCCAAAAUACAUGCCUUUAACUCAUUUCCUAUAAUCUCUACAGAAUGUGAUACUUUAUAGUCUUAUAAACCAAAUAUUAAUGAUUGUUAUUAAGUACAGUAUUCAUUUCAUAGUUUUAAUCCUUAAGUUAUAAUACAAACA